CAACAUCAAACCAGAAGAAUUCAAUUUGCUAGCUGCAAAAAUAGUUUCACUUUUCCCAACUGAAAGUAUAUAUACCUACUAUAUGAAAGCUGUGCCAACAUGCAAAUCUGCUUCAAGAAAAUAUGUGCCCGCUAAAGGCACAUUAGUGGACAAGGUUCGAAAUCUCCUGUACAUAUCAGGAGAAAAGUGCAGGGGCUUAAACCCACUUGCUCUAAUAGGGAUUCGGAUACAGAUGUAGAGUCUGUGGAAAAUAAUCAAGGGACUGCUUCAAAUGACGACGCUAUUUGGCUGAAAUAUAAUGAGCUAUGGGACCAAGUUUGUGAAAGGUGGAAUAACACCUUUGAAUUAAGACACAAACAAUUGAAACUGUACAUGAUUUUCUUGAAACCUGGGCCAUUUGAAAAGACAGCAAAGUAGAUACUCUGCAAUGACAACGACGCAAAAAAACGAACGAAAAGAAAAAGAGCACACAAGCAGAUCACAUUCAGCCAUUAGCAUUCAGUUUGUUGGAUGACAACUUGAAAAUGUUCAAAUUCAAAUGGGAUUCAAGUUCAACCCAGGACCUUGUACUUCAUAGGCAGAGUCACUACCCACGAAGAAAGAUACAGAGGCCGUUAAAACACAAAAUAAUUCCGGUGCAGAUUUACCUGCUAUAUUUUUUAAUACCACCCAAAGGCCGGAAAUCUAGGAAAGUCAAAUUCUCAACCACUGAAUCAAUCCAGGGCUUAUUAGUUCAGAUAGAUGACGCCGGAGAUAUCGACAGCGUAAUCGCAGCCCAGAAAGCUAAGGCUGCAGCCCGGAAGGAUACCGUGCAACCCUCCGUGCUCAUACAACGACCGCUACAAAACUUCGCCCAGAUAUACAUCGUUAUUCAUGAUAUCAAAUACCACGUGCAUUCAGCUGCAAAGACGUUCGACUUGUUGUUUAAGAUUUACCACGUUUUUCACGCCAAGUAUCCCCAAGUGUGUGAGCACCUCCACGUAAUUAUUCAAAAAAGUGUAUCAAAUCCAUACGGCGUAUGAUACAGUAGGUACCACCGUAUAUAGUUGACGUUUUAAACUUAGACGUUUUAAUUUUAUUAUAGUAUAGGAUCCGUACUAAGCUCGAUCUUCACCAACGUGUUAACCAGAUGAAAAUAAGUUUCUGAACAUGUCUCCUCAAUAAAAAUGAAUGGUCAAGAUUAUUUUUUAAAAAUCUUUGAAUUUUUUUUUAUAUAAUCUUGACCAUUUUUAUUGAGGUUACCAUAGUAAGACAUGUUCAGAAACUUAUUUUACUUAAUAAAAUAUUAUUUUCACCUGGUUAACACGUCGGUGAAGAUCGAGCUUAGUACGGAUCUUAGACUAUAAAGUUCUUGAAAUGUAAAAAUAUACUAAGCUACAGAAAUUGUAUCUAUGACAUUUGGUCUUAUGUACCUACUUAAGUAUUUGCACCAUCUAUUUACAAUUGACGUGAUUUAUUCUAAGUUUGACUUGUAGAGAAUCUUGGUACUUUGUAGCUCUAAUCAAUCUUGGUAGCUCAUACAUUUAUGUACCUAUAUGCUUAUAAGUCAAAAUGUUUUCCGUUCUAAAUUCAGUUUUAAUACUGUAUAGUGAUACUGAUAGGUUCUGAAUUUGUAAUUACUUUCUUUAACUGGUGCAUAAAAUAAAUGAGAAACUUA